UGGGCACCACCUUGCUUAUGGUGAUGCUCUGCGGUGGCUCCACUAUACUUCCUGACUGGCCGUCCCUGAGGGGAAAGAUACUAACUCCUGAGAAAGAGCUGAGGCUUGUAAGUACAAUUGAGGCAGUUAGUUUUAUUAUUUUCAUUUUUGUGCCAAGAACCUUUAUAUCUUGUUUGUUAUAUACCUUGCCCCUUUUGGGUGUUGGUUUUAGGAUUUGAUUUGCUGUUCCAACUAAUUGUAUGUACCUUUUUAUCUUUUGUACCCUUUACCCCUUUUCUUAUUUUCCCUUUUUUUAAUAAACUUUACUUAUUUUAAAGCAACGUGUGUUUAUUCCAGAGAAGGGGUUCAGUUACUAAGUUCAGUCCUGGCUGCUUGACCAAACUACCGUGUACUAGAGGAACAUUUUCACUUAAGACUUCUGAAGGGGCCAGGAGGGUAUUGAGCCUCUGGUCCUGAGAGGCUUGGGUGUUCAGUGGGCUCUGGGGGUCCCUUCACCCCAGAGUGUUUAACCAAUAGAAGGGUGGUGGCAGUACUACCGUGCAGGGUUGGUGUAAGCAUACACAGCCCUAGCAGACCAGGUUUGCUAGGAUCAAUUGCCCAAGGUUGGGGAUUGAUUCCUGGGACAGUAAAAGUAGGAGGAGGGGAACUCCCUGCUUUCACUACAUGGUGGCAGCGUUUGGGGUCGAAAAAGACUGAACCUAUCUCUGGUUAAACAUAGUUGUGGAAAAGGUACAAUUGGAUAAAUUACAAUUAUUAAAGAUUCUGGCACAAAGGUUUGUUGUUUUGGAAAGUCAGGAUGGAUACAAGAUCUAAACAAAAGAAGGCAUUAGAUCAGGUUUCCACUGAGAGUAGUGAUGAGGAACAAACAGAGAUGUUACCUCAAGGCAAUUUUGAAGCAGCAGGAGGCAGUGCAGAGGGGCUGCCAGUCCAAAGCUUUACUCCGGAGGGAGAACGAGCACCGUCACCGGUACGGGGUCGACGGAGUAUGGAUAGCCAAGUUAGCCAGAGUGGGGGUGUGCCACCCAUGGAUAUGUGGGCAGAAAUGCACAACUUCUUCUCGAAACAGAUGGCGCUUAUGACUACCCUUGUACAACAACAACAAGCUUUUGCCCCACCAAGCCAAGGACUGAGGUCUGGCAGAGUGUGUUUGGGAGGAGCGGAUCCAGCAGAUUUUCCGUUUUAUCAAGCGGGAGAGGAUAUCUCCGAGUUUUUUUUAAUCUUUGAGCAAGCGUGUGUGGACCAGUCUUUAGACAAAAAAUACUGGAUGAAAAUUCUACGCACUCAAGGAAAGGGAGAGUUAAGAAGUCUAAUGUGUAAACUCCCAAGAGAGCUAGCUGAUGAUUAUGAAAACUUUGUAAAAUUGGCAACAGCCCAGUUUGCGCUAUCCACCAGGGCAUGUUACCAAAAGUUUGAGACUUUGACAAAAAAAUCAAAAGAGACGUUUUCAGCAUUAAGCGCUCGUACUGCUCAAGCUAUGGAUUUGUGGAUUGCAGCUGCAAAAGCUAAUACUUUUGAGCAGUUAAGGACUGUGUAUACUCUGGAGAAAUUUUACAAAAUGUUGCCAAGAGAGCUUGCCGCGGCGGUGCGAGGCAAAAAGCCAAAAAGCUUGCAAGAAGCCGGUCAUUAUGCUGAUGAACUAGAUUCCUUUCAGGACAAAGAGGAAUUGCCUAAAGCAUAUGUUAAAAAACUGGGCAAUUACAAAGGGAAUCAACCAGCGGGUGGAGGAAGUGAGUGGAAGAAAAAAACGUGGCCAUCUGUAGUUAAGUCGGAGGACAAAGGGGAGAGCUCUGUUCCUGCUGCUGUUCCCGUGCGUCCGUCAGUUUACCAACCGAGUAAAGCAGUUUUGGAGAAUUUAUGCUUUCUAUGUAAACAACCGGGGCACAGAAAGGACCAGUGUUCCCAACUGAUUAAGAAGCAGAAUGUGAGGGUCAGCAAAGGGACUAAAAUAGCGGUAGUACAGAGAGCCCGUGAUUAUGAAGAACCAGGAGGGCAGUCAUCUCCGGAAAUUUCCCGUUGGUCGUCUUCGGAUUCUAAUUCCGACCAGGACUGGGAGUUUUCAGCUCCUAGUACUGAGAAUAGUCCCAUCACCCAAAGGAAAGGAAGUAAACAGACUCCUGCGGAAAUUAAAUUCAAUCACCCAAGUGGAUCCAUACCCCUUACCCAGGAUGGACCAUCUGAUUGAAAGGUUGGGGGCUGCUAAGUUCAUCACCACCUUGGACCUAACUAAGGGUUACUGGCAAGUACCCCUAGAUGAAGAUGCUGUCUUGAAAUCUGCCUUUGUUACCCAUAUGGGCUUGUAUCAAUUUAAAAUGAUGAGUUUUGGGCUUAGGAAUGCUCCUAGUACGUUCAUGAGAUUAAUAAAUUCUGUCCUGAAUGGUUUAGGAGAUUACGCCUGCGCCUAUCUUGAUGAUAUCGCGGUGUAUAGUGGGGAUUGGGAAUCCCAUGUGAAACACUUAAGAACUGUAUUUCAAAGGCUGCAGGACGCAGGACUUACCAUUAAAGCCCAGAAGUGCCAAUUUGGGUUGGGAGAGGUUUCCUAUUUAGGCCAUAGGGUGGGUAGUGGCUGUUUGAAACCUUUGGAUGCCAAAAUUGAAGCAAUCACUAAUUGGCCAAUACCUCAAACCAAGAAACAAGUUCAGUCAUUCUUGGGGCUUGCUGGUUACUAUCGGCGUUUCACUCCCCACUUCAGUAGUCUUGCCACUCCUUUGACUAAUUUGUGUAAGAAAUGCAAACCAGCACGAGUGGUGUGGUCGUCCGAUUGCCAACAGGCCUUUGAGGCUUUAAAGGCUGCAUUAAUAAAUUACCCUGUUUUAAAAGCCCCAGAUUUUGCUGAACCCUUUGUGGUACAGACUGAUGCUAGUAAUUUUGGUUUGGGUGCUGUACUCUUGCAGAAGGAUACGGAUGGAGAACUCCACCCUGUAGCCUAUCUGAGUAAAAAGCUAAUAGAGCGAGAGCGCCAUCUAGCGACCAUUGAGAAGGAGUGUCUUGCUAUAGUUUGGGCCCUGGAGAAAUUAAGGCCGUAUCUUUGGGAACGUCACUUCCAAUUGCAGACGGAUCACUCUCCCCUGUGCUGGUUGUCCAGAAUGAAGAAUUCAAACCAAAAACUAUUGAGGUGGGCUCUGUUAUUACAAGAUUUUGAUUUUACCAUAAAUCAUGUGGCUGGGAAGAAUAAUAAAGCCGCCGAUGCUCUAUCUCGUAUGUAUCCUUUAGAUGAUUAAUGCUGAUCUUGUGAUUUGUAACUGAUCUUGCCAUGUUAUGCCUGAAAUUCUUUUUAAUAAAUGUAUAAUUUAGUUUUGUAUUUUAAGGUGAUAAUCUUUUUUGAUGUCUUCUAGAGCGAUGAUAUCAAAGGUGUUCAACCUUUGAUGUCAUCUUCCUCGAAAGGGGGCGUGUCAUGCCAGUUGAUCCCCUUACUUAUUUUCCUGGGUCCCUGGUCAUAGAUAGUUAAAUCCUUUGAUCCCAGAGACCCGGUGAUUUUUACAGCCCCAGCUGUAUCAGCUUAUUGCAAAUUGGCACCUCUUUAUUAGCAAGAGGGGCCUGGUUCUGUGGGAACAUCGUUUCAUCAUUCCUGUGUUGGAACUGCUAAAUUAGUUGAUUGCUCCCAGCUGAGGCAAGGAUUUUUCUCUAUAAGAGAAGACCUCAGCUCUUGGGCUGUGUUCCACUUGUGGGCACCACCUUGCUUAUGGUGAUGCUCUGCGGUGGCUCCACUAUACUUCCUGACUGGCCGUCCCUGAGGGGAAAGAUACUAACUCCUGAGAAAGAGCUGAGGCUUGUAAGUACAAUUGAGGCAGUUAGUUUUAUUAUUUUCAUUUUUGUGCCAAGAACCUUUAUAUCUUGUUUGUUAUAUACCUUGCCCCUUUUGGGUGUUGGUUUUAGGAUUUGAUUUGCUGUUCCAACUAAUUGUAUGUACCUUUUUAUCUUUUGUACCCUUUACCCCUUUUCUUAUUUUCCCUUUUUUUAAUAAACUUUACUUAUUUUAAAGCAACGUGUGUUUAUUCCAGAGAAGGGGUUCAGUUACUAAGUUCAGUCCUGGCUGCUUGACCAAACUACCGUGUACUAGAGGAACAUUUUCACUUAAGACUUCUGAAGGGGCCAGGAGGGUAUUGAGCCUCUGGUCCUGAGAGGCUUGGGUGUUCAGUGGGCUCUGGGGGUCCCUUCACCCCAGAGUGUUUAACCAAUAGAAGGGUGGUGGCAGUACUACCGUGCAGGGUUGGUGUAAGCAUACACAGCCCUAGCAGA